CUGGGUGGAGUAGCGUUAGGGUUCUGUGCUUGCAGAAGGAGCAGGUGGAGUGUGGGGGCCUUUGGCCUCUGGUCGUAGAGAGUAAUGCGAAUGGGAAGGACUGAUGCCUGGGCCUGGGGUGUGGCAGGGCUUCCUAGAAGUAGCUGGGAGGGAUUGCAGGCACACUGUCUAUAAUGGAGCUGGAAGCCUGAAUGCAUGGUGGCUAAUGGGCUUCGUGAGGCCCCACAUUGACGGGAAAUGUUCAGCAGGCCCUAUCCUUGUGCAGAUAAGAAGGGAUCCAUUUCAACAGCAUUCUCCAAAGGAGUCUUUCUGGGAACUGGCAUCACGACUCUCCUUUCCCUCUGCCUCAUCCUGAUCAUUGUGAAUACUCUGCGGAAGAAAUGGACCCAGGCAGAGACUUUGAGGCCCAGAGUUUCUCGAAGCAGCACAAUCCUAGAUUACAUCAAUGUGAUCCCCAACACCGGUCCCCUGGCUCGGAAUAGGAAAGCCAAACCAAGCAGCCCUUCCCAGUCCCCUUCACCAGGCGUUCACCCCCCAGAACCAAAGAAGAACCAGAAGGAGCUACAGUUUGCUUCCCCGAGUGGCCCAAGACCUAAAUCAUCUACUCAAGGCCCAGAAUAUGAAAACAGCCAAGAAGAGCUCCAUUAUGCUACGCUCAAGUUCCUAGACCUCAGACCCAGACUCGAGGAUACCCAGGCAGAUUAUGCAGAAGUCAAGUUCCACUGAGGGUCUCUUGGGCUUUAGGACUGGGACCUUGGCUAGAGAGAAAGGUAGAGCAAUAAAGAGGUUGAAGGGAA